AUGAAUUAUUUUACUUUAGUAAAAAAACGAAGUUAUGAAGCAUUUCAAUUACUUAAAGAGGCUAAAGAAAACGUCAAACAUGGAAUACAAUGUCUUCCACCAUCAAAAUAUUUUGCUGGUUCAUGCUAUACAUAUAUGAAAACAUUACCAGCUUCAUCAUGGGAACGUGCUCAUAAUAAUUGUUUAUCAUUACCAAUGAUAAAAGAUGCUGGUUUAUUAGCUAUUGAAUCAAUCGAUGAAUAUGAAUUUAUUGAACGUGAACUUAUUGGAUUAAAAUCAGGAUCAGAAAGUGUUUCAGUCUAUAUUGGAUUACGUAAAAUAAAUAAUACUUGGCUAUGGUCGAAUAAUAUACCAUUGAAAGAAACACCUGUUUAUCGAUUUUGGGUUGAUAAUAAUCGAGAUAUUCUUGCAUAUGAUUGUGGUAUUCUUUGGCUUGCUAGAAAUACAAGUGUUAUUACACCAGCACCGUGUGUUGAACAAGCCUUACGACCAUAUGUUUGUAAACAAACAAUUGAUCGAUGUUAUAAUCAUAGUAGUAAUUGUGGUAAAUAUGGAAAAUGUAUUAAUUUACCAUUGAUGAAUUCACGUAAAUGUCAAUGUCGAUUUUUUUAUACAGGAGAUCAAUGUGAAAAAUGGAGUAGUCAAGGUUUACAAGUCAUUAUUGGUUGUGUAAUUAUUGUUAUUGCAUUUAUUGCUUCGUAUAUUAUCAAUUUUGAUCGAUCAGAAGAUUCUUGGUCAUUUAGAAAAUCUACCUACGAGCAAUAUCAAAUGUAA